AUGUCCCUUUCUGCAGUGUCAACUCGGAAAGGGCAGCGCCAGCAAACUGCUCUGACCUUUGGAGCUGCGGAGAUGUCUGCGAGCAGCUCUGCCCGUGCUGCCGAGUUCCCUCUCCUCCAGCGCAGGGAAACGGGCGCCUCCAAUGAGCCCCGGGGCACCCAGGCUGCCUGCCCUGCCCGGACCUGCCUUCCCUUCCUCUCCCCCUCCUGCUUCCAGCUAAAAAUGGGAGAGACGAGCCAGCCCGCCGGGCCGGGGCUGCUUUCUCCCUCCCCGCCUCCUUCCCCCUGCUCCGGCUGCAGCCUCGCCCCGACGGUCGGGAAAGAGACCCCACGGCCCGGCGGGGACAUCCCUGGGCACCUGACCUUCCCCCUGCUGUCAGUCACCCUCCUGGUGUCCUUUGGCUCCUCCAUGCUCUAUGGCUACAACCUGGCCGUGGUGAACUCGCCGGCAGCGCACAUAAAGGCUUUCUACAACACCACAUGGUCCCAGCGGUAUGGGCAUGGGCUGGCCCCUGGUCCCCUGACCCUCCUCUACUCCCUGACUGUCUCCACCUUCUCCCUGGGUGGGCUGGUGGGCUCCUUGCUGGUGGGGGUGCUGGUGAAGCGCUAUGGCAGGAGCGGUGCACUGAGCCGCAGCGCUCUCCUCGUCCUCCUGGCUGGUGGCUUCAUGGGCUUCAGCUGGGAGCUGGGGUCCCCCGAGAUGGUGAUCAUCGGCCGCUGUAUCACAGGGAUCCACUCAGGUAUCUGUCUGAGUGUGGUGCCCCUCUACCUGGGAGAAAUCGCCCCCAAGAACCUGCGGGGUUUCCUGGGGCUUGUGCCCAGCAUCUUCAUCUGCCUGGGGGUUUUCUCCGCACAGGUUCUGGGCCUCCCGGAGCUGCUGGGUGAGGACAGGUUCUGGCCCCUUUCCCUGUCCGUGGUGGUCAUUCCCGCCUCCCUCCAGCUCCUGCUGCUGCACUGCUUCCCCGAGAGCCCACGGUACCUGCUGAUAGAGAGGGACGACAUCUGCGGGGCCACCAAGGCGCUGUGCCGGUUCCUGGGGACACCCGAUGUGCAGGCUGUGAUUGAGGAGAUGAAGGAGGAACAGCAGUCACUCUCCUCUGUGGAGAUGGUCUCUGUGUGGCAGCUGCUGCAGGACCGCUCCGUGCGCUGGCAAACUCUGUCAGUGGUGGUCGUGAACGCCGGCAUGCAGCUCUCGGGCAUCGAUGCUAUCUGGUUUUACACCAACACCAUCUUCGAGAACGCCGGGAUCCCUGUAUCCCAGAUCCCCUACACCACUGUGGGCACCGGCACCAUUGAAGUUGUUGCUGGGCUGAUCGGGUGUUUCACCAUUGAGAAGCUGGGCCGGCGGCCCCUCAUCAUCACCGGCUUCUGUGCCAUGGGUAUCUGCUUGGCUGGCAUCACCAUCUCCCUGCUGCUGCAGACCACCCUGCCCUGGAUGUGCUACGUUGGCGUCGUCUGUGUGAUUGGCACCAUCGCCGGCUUCUGCAUGGGACCAGCCGGUGUCCCCUUCCUGAUGACAGCAGAGCUCUUCACGCAGUCCCACCGCCCGGCUGCCUACAUCAUCGGGGGGUCUCUCAACUGGCUCUGCAACUUCACCAUUGGCUUCAUCUUCCCCUUCUUGCAGAUGUCAGCUGGUGCCUUUUGCUUCUUGGUUUUCUGUCGUGUCUGCCUGCUGGUGGCCCUGUACGUCUACCUUGUGAUCCCUGAGACCAAGAACAAAACCUUCAUGGAGAUCAGCCACAUGUUUGACACCCACCGCUCCUUCCUCUCCAUCCCAGCCUACGUUGGGAUGAAGAAGCUCGAUGGCUACGGAGCCUUGGAGAGCAGCUCCCUGGAGGGCAAAGACUCCAACCUCCCCUGA